AUGCACAAACCUAGCGAGGGUAUCCACAGUGAUGCCUGGAAUGACGCACUUCAACGGCUAGAUUCCUUGGACGCGAGGAAGCAAAAGGCUUACGACAACCUGUCCGAUGCACAGAAAGGUGUCCUGCGAUCGUCCACCGAUGCCGGGGCGAUUGGAAAGCUGCUACUCUCAACCAUCGAUAGAAAUAAAUCUGUGAAGCGGCUUCUCAAAUUCAAUUCCGCCGCUUUGCAGCCCUUUUAUCAGUUUGAAAAAUCAUUCUCUCAAGCUGCGCAGGCGAAUGCGGCGAUAGUGAGCCCUGUCUGGUCGCCCAUCUUGCUCGUUCUACAAUGUACAAUCAACGUCGCCGAAGGCUUCGCCAAAAUAUAUGGAACGCUCAAUACCAUCCUGGAUAGACUGCUUCGAAUUGAUGAAUAUGAAAAGCUAUACUGCUCGCCCAGGGAUUCAAGCCGAAGUAAGCUCGUGCAGAUGGCCCUGACGAGGUUCUACGGCGACGUGAUCGAAUUCUGUUUACUCGCUGUUGCCCACUACAAUAGAUCUGCCCUAAAAUCGCUGGCUCGAGGUCUCGUCACGACUUUUGACGGAGACUUCAAGGAAGUCAUGGACAAUUUGGAAACCCACAUGAAUGAGUUAAGCUGGGUCGCUAAUCUGGCCGACAAACAUCAGCAGAAGCAGCACAUGAAAGGUUGUGAAGGUGAUAUCUGA